CGCGGGUAUACUCUGCUAAGAUAGAAGCCGGUUUCAUCAUGUGGAAGCAUCGAGCUAUCGGCCUUCUGGCCUUACUAGCAAUCUUAGUUUCUGUUCAUGCUGAAGGACAGAUUCUGUCAAAAGAAUCAUAUUUUCCUUACGUGAAGAAGGUAAUUUAUCUUCGUGAGAAGAGAGGUGCAGGAUACGGUGGAGGUUCUGGUGCACUCAGUUCAGCCAGCAGUUCUGCUAAUGCAAAUGCAUUUGGAGGUGGUUUUGCAAGCUCAAGUGCACAAGCCAGUGCAAGUGCAARUGCAGGUGGAAAAUCAUCAGCAUUGUCUAAUGCCAAUGCCAAUGCUGGAGGAGGUGGAUAUGGCGGUGGAUUGGGAGGUGGCGGUGGUCACGGUGGUGGAUUAGGAGGCGGUGGUGGAUUGGGAGGUGGCGGUGGUCACGGUGGUGGAUUAGGAGGCGGCGGUGGAUUAGGAGGCGGUGGUGGAUUAGGAGGCGGCGGUGGUCACGGAGGAGGAUUAGGUGGUGGUGGUUGUGGUAGUGCUGGUUGCGGAGGUGGAUACGGAGGUGGCGGUAGCGGAGGAGGUGGAUACGGUGGUGGCGGUAGCGGAGGAGGUGGAUACGGAGGUGGCGGUAGCGGAGGAGGUGGAUACGGUGGUGGCAACGGAGGUGGUGGAUAUGGAGGAGGACCAAGCGGUGGUGGUUGUGGGCCUGGUGGUUGCGGCGGAGGUCACGGAGGUGGUUAUGGAGGAGCCAGUGCUGGAGCUGGUAGCGGUGGAUAUGGAGGAGGUGGAAGCGGAGGCGGUGGAUAUGGAGGAGGUAGUAGCGGAGGUGGUGGAUAUGGAGGUGGUCCUAUAAAAGGCACACCGAUUGGUGGAGGUUACGGUGGUGGUCACGGUGGUGGUGGAGGCUUAGGUGGUGGUAGCGGUUCUGGUGGUGGUUAUGGUGGAAGUGGUGGAUACGGAGGUGGAAGUGGUGGAUACGGGGGUGGAAGUGGUGGCUCCGGUGGAUACGGUGGUGGAUCUGCAGGUGCUGGAGGAUACGGAGGAGGUAACGGUGGAGGCCUUGGYGGAGGUCAUGGCGGAGGUGGAGGUGGAGGUCUCGGUGGAGGCCUAGGUGGAGGUCACGGCGGAGGUGGAGGCCUUGGUGGAGGUCACGGUGGAGGUCUAGGUGGUGGCCUCGGUGGAGGCCUCGGUGGAGGUCACGGAGGAAGUGGCGGAGGUGGAUACGGAAGUGGUGGUGCUAGUGCAAAUGCACAAGCUAGUGCCAACGCAGGAAGCUCCGGUGGGGGCGGUGGAGGAGGUUGUGGUGGAGGCUGCGGUGAUGAUGAUGGCUAUGGCGGUCAUGGUGGUCAUGGCGUAGAUAUAUUCUCUCGUUUGGGUGACAUAAAUGAAGGAGCAAGUAAAAGUGGUACCGUAGGUGGUGCAAAAGGAGUUUACAGUAGUAGUGCUGCAAACAUUGAUUCAUCCGGUAAAGGAAGCUACAAAGUAUCUGCUGGAAAAAUUCCAUAAACUACUCAAGUGAAAAUUCAUAAAUUUAUUGGAUAACUUCAAAAAUUAAAGUCAUUAUGUGUUUGUAUUAGGUUGAUAAGUAUGAAAUGUCAGAUUUUUAAGUAAAUAUAUAAAACUACAUAUCUUUUUACACACAAAA